ACUUUUUUUUUUUUUUAAACUAACGGAUUAUUAUUGUUGUUGUUUUAAAUUUAGCUCUUAGGGCUUAGCUGUUUGGGUUUUUCUUUCGGUGCCCGGCCCCUGUUUCCCAGGCUUCCCCGGAGUGUGCGGAGCCACGGCCCCCGCCCGCCUCGUCGCUUCAGCGCCCCUCGCUCGCCUACAGCCCGCGGGCAGCGCGGGUCCCCCGCCGCCUUUAUAGUGAGGCCUGGGACAACUGAGACCGGCCGGGAUCCGGGCCUCGCCGCCUCCGUCGGUGGCGCUAGGGCUCCCUGGUCUCUCUUCAGUGCGGACAGAGAAACGAAAGCAGAUCUCCUCGGCUGGGCGGCCGCCUCCUCCUGCACUGCGCGCGUCCCUCCCGGCGCACCCACCCACCCAUCCACUCUAUCCGGCCAGGCCUCGGCGGUCGCUGGGCGCACCCCGCCAGGAUGUUCGCCGCCGGGCUGGCUCCCUUCUACGCCUCCAACUUCAGCCUCUGGUCGGCUGCUUACUGCUCCUCGGCCGGCCCGGGAGGCUGCUCCUUCCCUCUGGAUCCCGCUGCGGUCAAGAAACCCUCCUUCUGCAUCGCAGACAUUCUGCACGCCGGCGUGGGGGAACCCGGGGCGGCCCCGGAGGGCCUGGCGGGGGCCUCGGCCGCCGCCCUCACCGCGCACUUGGGCUCGGCUCACCCGCACGCCUCUUUUCAAGCAGCUGCCAGAUCCCCGCUUCGACCCACCCCUGUGGUGGCGCCCUCCGAAGUCCCGGCUGGCUUCCCGCAGCGGCUGUCUCCGCUCUCAGCCGCCUACCACCACCAUCACCCGCAGCAACAAGAUCAGCAGCAACCGCCUCCGCCUACACCCCGGCCCGGCGCCUUGCAGCCCCCCGCCUCCGGGGCGCGGGUGGUCCCGAACCCCCAUCACAGCGGCUCGGCCCCGGCCCCUUCCAGCAAGGACCUCAAAUUUGGAAUUGAUCGCAUUUUGUCUGCAGAAUUUGACCCAAAAGUCAAGGAAGGCAACACGCUGAGAGAUCUCACGUCCCUGCUGACCGGCGGGCGUCCUGCGGGGCUGCAUCUCCCGGGUCUGCAGCCCUCGGCCGGCCAGUUCUUCGCGUCCCUAGAUCCCAUUAACGAGGCUUCUGCCAUCCUCAAUCCCUUGAGCUCCAACCCGAGAAAUUCAGUUCAGCAUCAGUUUCAAGACACGUUUCCAGGUCCCUAUGCUGUGCUCACGAAGGACACCAUGCCACAGACAUACAAAAGAAAGCGCUCAUGGUCACGGGCGGUCUUCUCCAACCUGCAGAGGAAAGGCCUGGAAAAAAGGUUUGAGAUUCAGAAGUAUGUGACCAAGCCGGACCGAAAGCAGCUGGCUGCAAUGCUGGGCCUCACCGACGCACAGGUAAAGGUGUGGUUCCAGAACCGAAGGAUGAAGUGGCGUCAUUCCAAAGAGGCCCAGGCCCAGAAAGACAAAGACAAGCAGGCGGGCGAGCAACCGGCAGGCGGAGCCCCAGCUGCGGACGGCGAACAGGAGGAUCGGAGCCUCAGCCGCUCCGAGGGCGAGGCGGAGAGCGACAGCAGCGACCCCGAAUCUCUGGACAUGGCCCCCAGCGACACAGAGCGGACUGAGGGGGCCGAGAGGUCUCUGCACCAAACCACGGUCAUCAAGGCCUCGGCCGCUAGCACGCUCCUCCCUGCCAGCAGUGGUGGGAGUGGUGGCGGCAGCGGCAGUGGCGGUGGCGGCAGUUUUAGCUUCAGCAGCCUCAGUAGCAGCAGCGCCAGCGCGGGGAGCGCCAGCAGCCUUGGCAGCGGAAGCGGUGGUGCCCCGGAGUUGCUCCCUGCGCCCCAGCCCACCCUCAGCAGUGCUCCCAAAAGCCCCGAGCCCGCCCAACCACCGCUCGGAGGCCUAUAGACUGCACCAGGGCAAUGGGGACUCGGGGCCCUGAAUGCAGACCCCCAGCCUUCCAGUGUGGCUGGAUCUUGUGCCUAUUUUAUGGUGGAGGCCUGGACAGGGCCCUGGACGCAGCAGUGGAGCCUCCUUCUCCACCUUUGCAUCUCGCUGGCCGCCUGGUGCAAUCCACACUGCACAGAGCCCAGGGCAGUCUCAGUGCCCCACCCAACACUUUUCCCUGGAUACAAGCAGCUCACACGGUGACGUGGGUGACACAACAGCUCCUGCCCGCUGUAGGGGUCGCAAAGACAUGCUGCACAUAGGAC